AUGACAACCGCGUUUGCAGUCCCGCCACAACUGCGCAUAUCCGCACUGAAAGACAACACAAAUCGUGCACUAAUCGACACAGACACACAAACAGACGAGGGGAACCAAUCAAUCACGGUUACAAUGAGGACCAAUGAAGCGGAGGGAGCACUAAUGGACACAUGUGAUCCAAUCACAAACUAUCGAAUCACAAUCGCAUAUCCAGACAAUUCCACUCUCAGCCAUACUACGGGAUCACCAACCGAGACUAUCCCAUUGAACCGAUCUUGCGUACAAUGUAUCGUGGUGGCUCAAGCACAAACCGAACACGGAUAUGGUCCGAACUCGGAACCACACCCGACCACAUUCGGAUCGAUCACUCUGAACGCCGUACGCACGGAUAACGUGAUCACAGUGGACUGGAAUUUACCGCAUACGAAUGUGAGUAAAUAUGAGAUCCUCGCAUUGUCCUCCGAUUCCAACGAUCCACCACUGAUCAAUAUUUCACCAUCCGACGAUGUCGCAAGCAUGUUCGCAAACGCUGAUCCAUGCAAAACCUAUAAUGUCAGUCUACAUCAUUACGGUCAGGACGGGACCAAGCGGAAAAUCACUGCCGAUAAGGUAUUGGCCAGUCAACCCGGUGCCCCCAUUGCACCACGAGCGAUCAGUGCGAUAGAAAGCAAUGAGAAAAUCCGUGUCACAUGGGAAGAUGAUUAUCCGUGUCCGGGCAAUGUAUACAUCGUUCUAAUCAAAGGCAAAGCAAACGAAACGAGGCAAAGUCGAACAGAGAAGUGGGCCGAAUAUGCAUCCAACGUCGUGGCGUGUGAACCCAUAGUAUUUCGUGUACGGAGUACCAAUCACAUUGGUAAGACAGCUUUUGUCGACAGUGCUGCACACUGGCCUUCAGCAGAUCUGAGCAAACCGAAAAACUUGCAAGUACAAACGGAUGGGAACAGACUGCACGUGAAGUGGGACAAAGAAGAUUCGUGCGACCGAGUCCAAUAUGCGGUCACAGUCACUGCUGUCGUGUCGAAAGAACAAAUCUACUCAGAUACAUGGAAAACAAAUGACCAGACGAUAGAACCGAUCAACCUGGAACCGUGUACACAAUAUCAGUUGAGUGUGAAACCAACCGUGCAAUCCGAUUCAAAACGGACAGUGGACAUAGAUGCGACCAGUGUACUAUUCAAAGGUGAGUGA